AUGACUCUCCUCGUCCCUUGUCGGAUCCUGAUUCUGAUCCUGCUUGCCCUCUUGGAUCAUCAAAGAGCUUGGGCGCUCCGUCCAUUCACGGGGACACCAUCAGCUUUGUGGAAUGUCAGACACCCAUUGAGUACAACCAGGAGCACAAGCAGUAGUUCUACAACGUGCUCCAGGGUUUUUCUCAAGAAUCACUUGACGACGACAAGACAUCCAUGGUUGGUCCUGCGAGGUGGUGCGGAUGAUGCCAACGGCAGCGUUGCACAAGAAUCUGCGGACAAGAAUGAGACAACCUCGUCUAGUGGCAGUAGUGAUGAGUUUCCACCUGGCCCCCGUCCAUGGGAAGCACCCGAUGCUGCACUCGACAAUUACUUGGGACCGAUUGUCAAGACUCCAGAAACCUGGGCUGCGGAUGGAAGUCGGAAACGAGUUCUCAUCUUUAUGGAUGCCUUUUGCCCCUACUUUGGCGGCUAUAUGGCUCAUCAAGCCCGCGACGUCUAUGACGUGAGUACCGUGCAUGUUGUAUCCACCUACAUGAAGAACUUUUUUGCCAAAGAACAAACCGAGGAUUGGAAACGUUGGAUGCCUUCUUCGCUGCCCAUUGAUCUGGAGGCGUGGAAGGAACGAUUGCCUUCCAAUGAUAUUGUUGCUGUUCACUGCGAAUCCGAUUCCGGGUUGCCCGAUGCGGAACAAUUCGCCAAGGCAAUUGGUGCCAAUCAUGCCAAUGAACCCAACGAAGCACGACGAGACAAGUUUCUCAUGAAUCAAGUUGUCGCUGAGGCAGGAAUACCGACGGUCAGACAAAAGCUCUGUACGACACUCAAUGAGGCUCUGACGUUUGCUAGAGAAUUGCUUCAAGAACAAGCCUCGAAACCAACGAGCAAUCACCAAGGAUUCUCUGAUGCUGGUGUCUUGGGACAGGGCAGCAAUACGUAUCAGUACGAUGGAAUGGAUACACAACAACAACCGCCACCAAAGGCUUUCUGCAUUGUCAAACCCAAAAGAGGCGUGGCAUCCGAACACGUACAUCUGUGUCACGACGAAGAAUCCGUGCACAAUGCCUGCAAGGAUAUCUUGUCAGCUACAGUCUUUGGGGAUCCGACACAGACCCACAAUGCUGUCCUGGUACAGGAAUUUGCCGUUGGGACGGAAUAUGCCGUCGACAUUGUCUCCAAAAAUGGAGAGCACAAGGUCGCGGCCCUGUGGCGAUACGACAAACGACCCUGCAAUGGAUCACCAUUCUGUUACUUUGCCACUGAACUCAUUGAUGCCACCCAGUCGGCUAUUGGGGCACAAGUUUGCCAAUAUGCCCAAUCCUGUUUGGAUGCACUGGGAUACAAGUGGGGACUCAGUCAUACCGAAGUGAUUGUUACAGCCCACGGACCAAGACUGGUAGAAGUCAAUACCCGACAACAUAAUAUGGAUUUUGCACCCUUGACCAUGUCCUGUACUGGGUAUAAUGCCUUUGACAUGCUACUAGCGGCAUAUUUGGGUGAUGAGCCACCGGAGACGUACCCACUGGAAUCUGCAAACAUGAGACUGGAGUGGGAUACACUACCAACAUUGCCGUCGUUGAGGAUGCAUGGGGCCAUGGUACAUUUGGUGAGUUUUGUCGGCGGAAAGUUGACUACGGUGAAUGGACACCAUUUGAAUGAUAUUCACAAUAUGGAAAGCACCCUCGAGAUGGAGGUGUAUCCAGAGUUUCUAGAGCUUGGCAGUGAGAUUGCCAAGACAACCGACAUUCGAUCCGAUGCCGGAUGGGUUCAGAUCGUCAAUGAGGAUCCAGAUGCAUUGAAACGAGACUAUGACAGAAUAGUACAGUUGAUGCUGCAUCUGUUUGUCACGGAGGAUGGCAGUGGGGUUGGCUCCACUGAGUAA